CUCUUCCCGCCCGGCCGGGUGCUGCCCCAUGGCCGCUGCCCCAGCAGAGAGCUCCAAGAAGGGGCUGGGGUUGAGCCAGAGUCACAGCAAUUCUGCUUUGGACUAUUCAGGAGACACCUUUGAGCCUUUGAGUGAGGAUGAGGAGGAGGAGGAGAGCCAAGCACCUGGAUCCUGGUGCUCCACAGAGGAUUUGGAGGGAGCAGCUGUGUCAGAGGUGUUGGAAAGCUCAUCACCAGUGGCAGGCCCAAGUCCUGCAGGUAUGCAGAGCUCUCCUGCUCCAGAGGAGGAGUCUGAGGCAGUGGGUGCUGCCAUAGGAAAAUGGAUUGAUGCCAUGGGAAAAGGGAUUGAUGUGAAAAACCAAGACCCUGGGAUUAAACCAGACAAAUCUCUCAUCACAGCUCCUGCUGGAGUUGCUGGGCUCUCCCCAGCAGAGCUGGCUGCUCUCAGGACUUUCUGCAGCAGCAGCAUCAGCAGGAUGCAGCAGGAGCAGCCACAGAAAUGCAGGAAGCUGCACUGGAGGAUCCCAGCCAGACCAAAUCAACCAGGAGAUUCCUGUGCUGUCCCUGCCCAGCUGAUGAACAGGAUCCUGCUGGGAAACACCAGGCAGGCUGUCAAACAGGUGACAGAAGCUGAAAUCCACGAGGCUUCAACAUGUCCUGAGUGCCAGCAGAAGGAGGCAGAGCUGGCCAGGGCUGCUUUUCUCAGGCACAAAAAGACUCUGCUGCAAGGUGCUUUAAUCCAAGAGAGAUUGGAAGAACAGCUUUACUCCAGGGACAUGCUCACACUUCUGGGAGAAGCGCUCAGAAGCUUUCCCAAACCUGCAGAGGAUUUGUGGCAAAGGCUGAAGGAUCAGGAAAUGAAAAACCUGCAUCAACCAUAACUCCAGAGCUCCUCCCUCCAGCAGCAGAUUUUUCUUUUGAUGCAAAGAAACCUCAAAACCCUGGUCAAGGAAUAUUGACUCACUUCUGCCUGCUUUGUGCUUGCUGGGGCAUAAAAGGAGCAGGGUGGCUCAGGGGGGAUUCCUUGGGAAAAAGCAGCUGUGGCUGUGAAACAAAUCAAUCUGUCUCUUCAAAAUGCUCUGCAGCUUGGCCUUUGUGGCUUUCAUGCCACCCAGACUUGCAGGAUUUAAUCUUCUGCAUGGUUGCUGGUGUGAUGGGUCCAUUGCUCUGAACUCUGCUAACAAAGAAGGUUUCUCCCACCUCAGUUAUUUGAUGCUCUGUGUUUGCUGAUACCCACUUUGGGGAUGUUGGAUUUGAUAACUGACCCUUUGGAGAAACUUACCUUCCUCAAAUUAUCAAUAAAAUCAGUUUCCAUGGACUGCAGCACUGUGAAUUUCCCUUUCAUUUGCUCCAGCUUUAUAAAAACCCACCCUGCAUUCCAGGCUCCCUCAGUCUCCUUUCCACCCCUGUCUUAGGCUCUGGGAAUUUCUGUCUCUAGGAACAGCUUCCAUCUCUGAUCCAGCCUGGCCUUGGGCACUGCCAGGGAUCCAGGGGAGCCACAGCAAAUCUGGGAAUUCUAUUCCAGGGCCUCCCCAGUGUAAAACCUUCUUGUAUGGGAUCUAAACCAACCUUCCUGCAGGUAAAACCACUCCCCCUGUCCUGCUGAGAGCUGUGCCCCAUCCUUCCUGCAGGCCCUUCAGGUACAGGAAUGUUCCUUUUCCCCUUUUUCCCUUUUCCCAUUUUCCCUUUUCCCCUUUUCCCCUUCUCCC